AUGGAAACAAGCAAUGGAAGUUUGGGAACAGACUUCAUCCUUCUGGGGUUUUCCGAUCAGCCCCAACUAGAGCCCAUCAUCUCUGUGCUUGUCUUCAUCUUCUAUCUGGUGGCGCUGGUAGGAAACUCAACCAUCAUAAUUGUGUCUUACCUAGAUCCCCAGCUCCACACACCCAUGUAUUUCUUUUUGUCCAACCUGUCUUUUCUGGACCUCUGUUAUACAACCAGCAUUGUCCCCCAGAUGCUGGUAAACCUGUGGGGUACAAACAAGUCCAUUACCUACGGAGGGUGUGUGCUGCAGUUCUUCUUUGCUCUGGAUUUGGGAGCCACGGAGUGUCUUCUCCUGGCUGUGAUGGCCUAUGACCGCUACGCUGCUGUCUGUCAGCCUCUGCACUACACUGUGAUAAUGCACCCUCAGCUCUGCCAGAAGAUGGUGCUGACCUGCUGGCUCAGUGGCCUUGGCAGUGCCAUAAUUAUUUGUUCCUUGACUUUGAAGUUGCCAAGAUGUGGGCACAGAGAAGUGGAUAAUUUUUUUUGUGAGAUGCCAGCAUUGAUCAAGAUGGCUUGUGCAUAUUCCAAAAUAAUUCAGUAUGUUAUCUCUGCCCUUGGAGUUGUAUUUCUUCUGGCACCUCUGUCCCUAAUUCUCAUCUCAUAUGGGGUCAUCGCUCGAGCUGUAAUGAGGAUCAAAUCAGCAGCAAGGUGGGAAAAGGUCCUUAACACAUGUGGUUCCCACCUCAUGGUAGUAACUCUGUUUUAUGGAACACUCAUUUACAUGUACAUGAAGCCACAGAAUACCACAUCCCAAGAGGAAGGCAAGUUAUUUACAUUUUUCUACACGAUCGUCACACCCAGCCUGAACCCUCUGAUCUACACUUUAAGAAACAAAGAUGUGAAGACUGCAGUGAAGAGAAUAGUGUGGCUCAAAAAAUGUUUAGCAAAGUUGUGA